AAUCUUUUUUAAAAGCCCCAAAAAUCAAAGAAGUGAGAAAAAGAAAAAGAAGCGUAAACUAGGAGAGAUAAGAUAUUUUAUUUAACAACAGUAACAACAAAAACAACUCACCAAACAAAACAAGAACAACCUUAAAGGGUCAGUCUAGGAAGUCUGAUAUCUAAAUAAUAGGAAUUACAGAAAGAGAAAAAGGACAACACAGAGGGAAGGAAACGAUCAAGGAAAUAAUUGAAGAACAUUUCCUGGAACUGAAGGGCAUUAGUUUUCAUAUUGAAAAGACUCACUGAGUAUUCAGCACAGUGGAUGAAACAGACCCACCCAAAGCACAAUCAUCAUGAGAUUUCAAAACACUGGAAACAAAGAGAAGAUCCUGAGUUUCCAGAGAGGAAAACAAACAAACAAACAAACAAAAACAAGUUACAUAAAAAGAAUCAGAAUUGCCUUGGACUCUCAACACACCAGAAACUAGAAGGCAGUGGGGGCAGUGCCUUCAACAUUCUUCAGGAAAAAUAAAUCCAAACCUAGAAUUCUAUAUCCAGCCUAAUUAUACAUCAAAGAUGAGGGUAAAAUAAAGAUACCUGCAGGCUGCAAGGUCUCAAAAAAUUUACCUCCCAUGCACCCUUACUCAGGAAGCUACAGGAAGAUGUAUACCACCAAAACAAGGAAGAAAGAAAAAAAAAGAUGAAAACAUAGAGUACAGGACACAGGAGUGCCAAUACAGGAGAGACAUGAAAGGGGGCCCCUGGAUGGCGACGAAGGAAGAUCUCAGGAGGACAGCUGUGCACACCAGCAAACCAGCACAGAUUUGAGCAGGUCAGAAGACUCCUGAGAGAAUUCUUUGGGUGGUUUACAUUGAUAGACUAUCUAGUGCUUCUGAAUAUCUUGAAAGGAGAUCUAAACAACUGGUAAAGAGUUUGGGGUUGAAUUAGUUAUGAAUACUUGAAUUAGUUAUAAAAAACAAAAAGACAAGACAGUUAUUAACUCCAGGGAAAACAAAGUUGUGAAAGAAAGAAAAAAAAAAAGCCAGGAGUGUACCAUUGGGCUUAGCUCCGAAUAAGGAAUAUUCAGUCAAAAUUAUUUAAAUACUAAUGUAACCAACAUUAUAGUUUAACUUCCGGAAGAAUGGGGAGAUGGGAAGUGCAUGUUUGUGUUGGGGUCCUGGUAGGAGGGAGAACUAAAAAUUCUCAUAUUCCUUGGAUAAUAAUAGAUAAUGCCCCAAAAUGGAAAAAUAAACCCAGCAAUAUAAGGUUGUUAUUUGCAGCCCUAGUAAUAAGUGCCAAAAUAAUCAGCUAAAAGAGGUCUCAUCUCUGAGGAGGGAUAAGACAGGGCAGUAGGUGCCAGGGACUGCAGUUUUUCUUAACAAAAUCUCCAAAACUGUUUGGCUUUUUAAACAGUGUACCUGUAUAACGGGUAAGAAAUUAAACACUAAAAACAACUGGCAUAGGAUUUAAGAUCAUGAACUUUGGACUCAGGUCUGUGUUUAAGUCUUGCCACUUACUAAUGGUGUGACCUUGAGCAGUUUAUUUAUCUGCUUCCCACCUGUUUUCUCAUCUGAAAAAUGAGGACAGUAUUUGCUUUACAGAUUUGUUGUAAGGAUUAAAUGAUGUGAUAUUUUUAAAGUACACAUAGCGUAGUACAUAGCACAUUCAGAUGAUUAUUUUCUGGGUUGCUUCUCCAGUUUAGAGCAAGCAAUUAAAGUCAGAGGAGUGGACAGGUAAACACAGCCAGGGUCUCCUAUUUGUCUAGAGUAGGUGGGAUGAUUUCUGAUUCAGAGGGUCAUCCCAAGAUGGACUCUCAGGGCGUUUGGGGCCAGGUUAAUUAAGCACUGGGCUCCAACUGAGUGUUGAUCUGAAAUAGCCCAACUUCUCAUCUGCAGAUCUUAGAAGAAUUUUAAGUUUACUUGAAUUUUAAGAAGCUUAAUUACAUCUUAAUUGAGAAAAGAGAACAAGUGAAAAUGUGCUUAAAUAUAUGAAAGGGGAAAUUUAAGUUAAAGAGGAGAAAAAACUUUUAGACUAGAAGAGGUCAAUGAAAGAUAUUAAUAGAUUUUCUGUUUUAGUAGCCAUCUUUUGCCUGAGGAGCCUGUAGAGUCCUACCUGGAUUUGGGGGUUGUAUGAAAUAGUUUCUAAGGGGUUUAUCUAGUUUUUCUGGGAACAAUAGGAACAAAACAGAAAAGGGGCCUUAUAAAAAAGCAGGCUCUAAAUAUUUGAACAACUACACUUUUAUUUUCUGCCUCUUUUGAUUGUGAGUCGUUGCAUGGAAGGAAGCUUCUAACUAUCCCACCCUAUGCAGAGACCCCAGAAUCCAACAAUAGUGUGUAUACUUCCUUCAUGAAGUCUCAUCGCUGCUAUGACCUGAUUCCCACAAGCUCCAAAUUGGUUGUAUUUGAUACUUCCCUGCAGGUGAAGAAAGCUUUCUUUGCUUUGGUGACUAAUGGUGUACGAGCUGCCCCUUUGUGGGAUAGUAAGAAGCAAAGUUUUGUAGGCAUGCUAACCAUCACCGAUUUCAUCAAUAUCCUGCAUCGAUACUAUAAAUCAGCCUUGGUACAGAUCUAUGAGCUGGAAGAACACAAGAUAGAAACUUGGAGAGAGGUGUACCUACAGGAUUCCUUCAAACCACUCGUCUGCAUUUCUCCUAAUGCCAGCUUGUUCGAUGCUGUCUCUUCAUUAAUUCGAAACAAGAUCCACAGACUGCCAGUUAUUGACCCGGAAUCAGGCAACACUUUGUACAUCCUCACCCACAAGCGCAUCCUCAAGUUCCUCAAAUUGUUUAUCACUGAGUUCCCCAAGCCAGAGUUCAUGUCUAAGUCUCUGGAAGAGCUACAGAUUGGCACCUAUGCCAACAUUGCUAUGGUCCGCACCACCACGCCUGUCUAUGUGGCUCUGGGCAUCUUUGUUCAACACCGAGUCUCAGCACUGCCAGUAGUAGAUGAGAAAGGGCGUGUGGUGGACAUCUACUCCAAGUUUGAUGUUAUCAAUCUGGCAGCAGAAAAGACCUACAACAACCUAGAUGUGUCUGUGACCAAAGCCCUACAACAUCGAUCCCAUUACUUUGAGGGUGUCCUCAAGUGCUACCUGCACGAGACUCUGGAGACCAUCAUCAACAGGCUGGUGGAAGCAGAGGUUCACCGGCUUGUUGUGGUGGAUGAGAAUGAUGUGGUCAAGGGGAUUGUAUCACUGUCUGACAUCCUGCAGGCCCUGGUGCUCACAGGAGGAGAGAAGCCCUGAGCUGGGGAAGGGGUCAGGCAGCACCAGGGGAUAUGCCCCACUCACUGCCUGCCCAAAGUUCUAGGAACCACAGGUGAAACCUUGAGAGAAUUGUGACUCUCUUCCCUGCUCGGGAGCUGGGGAGGGUGCGGGGGGAGGAAGGAGAAUGGAUUUUUAGCUGUCCUUAUCCUCAUGCAUACAGCCUAGCCCAUCCUAGCCCCAGCCUCUUAGAUGUAGCCUCCUUUCUGAGUGAAUGAUGGGCUGUGUGCCCCUCAGGCUAAUUCUGAUCUCUGAGAGAUCCCCAGACCUCACCCAGCCUUUGCCUGUCUCCCUGCCCCUGACUCCACCCUAAGAUAAUAGCACAACAAAACUCUUCCUAAGAUAUUUUUAUUCAUCCUGUUUCAUGCUAUAUGGAGGAGGCUGAGUCCAUUUAGUGACAUUUCUUCCCAUAAUGGGAGUGGGGAGGAUUGUGGGGAGGAGGGCCUUUGGGUUCCUGUGCUAUGUGCAUAUGAAGGGAGAUGGGGGUUAGGUGGAGGAGGAGGGCAGAGUGAUUAGCUGAGGUUAUUGCUUUUCAUGGCAAACCUAAUUAAAAUGACAGGAACCUCUUCA